AGGCAUCGGUUGCGGUGGAAACCAACGAAAUCUCCUUGAAAGCAACCGCGAAUCAUUCGCGAAUCGACGUACCACACGUUCGGUUUUGCAUCGCUCUACAGACGGGUGCUUUGCUUUGCUGUGCGCGUGAUUACAGCCGGUAGGUGUAGAAGUGUUUUGGUGCUUUGUGUUUUGUUUAUACACGGAACGUACGCAAAAGGGUGCAAAUGUGGACAAACGGCAUUCAUCAAAGCAAACGCACGCAGGAGAUGGAUGGGGCGCCGAAUGGAGAAGAUUAGGUUAGGUUAGGUCUUUGGUGCUAGAAGUGAAUGUUUAUUUGACCUCAACCACUUGGUGACAACAAUUGACUGUUAGUGUUUGUGGUGGGUGUGUGUGUGUGUGUUUUGGUGAAGAGUGCUGAACUGUGCUGAAAGCAGGACUCUCGUGACGUGACGAGAAAAUCCCACUUGAUCAUGCCCAUUUUCCACCGCUAAUGAAAACACACCACACACGGUGGGCGAAACAACUAAACCCGAGAGACAUACUCAGAAGCAGUCUGAAAUCUUCAUCCAUCUUUCGCAGCACCACCACCAGCGAAACAGCGUUGAUGAAAUUGUUUAUUUAAGCUUGCAAUCGUUGGAUGAAAUGUGAUGAGAACGUUGCUGCAGGGGACACUUAUCUGAUCGUACACCAUUGACUAAUGGUCCGCCUCGGAACGGCUGGUGUUUGGUGCUGAUUGGUAAUUAAAUCAUAUUUUGAUGUAUCAUGACCACCACAAACAAUGCAACCCAACUCAUCCGUAAGCGAACGAUUAGUAAUUCGUACCAAUUUUGAUUGCUCAGGAAUUUCGAAUUCCGACGCGUGGAAUGGAAUGCAACAUAUCGGAAACAGCGCGUGACAUGGGUUUGACAGCUAACCGGCGGUUGGUUUUAUCGAGCGGAAACGGGCGUUUGGGAAAAAGCCGGAAGAUUUCAAUUUCUGCUGUCACAAUAGUAUAUCGAAGCCGGCAUUGAUUGGGAUUGGGAGCUGCUGCGUGAUGAUUUGCCAAACAAUUCGGUACGUGGCCGUACGUCAAACGUUAUGCUCCCCUGUUGGCCGCUGUGACCCGAAGGGACCAUCAAUCUUCGUUAGCAUUCAUUAGUGGGCAGCAGCAGGAGCAGCAGCAGUAGAUUCUAGGGUGGUUUAAUUCAUCAUCGAGAAUUUAUGAUUUUGUCUGCUUUUUAUUAGCUCCCGGGAUGGUACGUUACAUGUCCGGAUCAUCGAGCCGGAAAAAGGGUGGUUUUUGUUUUGUGGUGAUUGAGUCAGUAACCCUCAGACGGUGUGUUGUCUGUUUGUUUGUUUGCCAUUAAACCGUACACACUUGAAGACCGAAGGCUGGGAGCUAUUUUUGAACGUUAUCCCCACACACAGCACGACGUUUAAUUGAACGUUAAUGAAGAAACCUCUAUUAGCGAAAACACUUCCUCCACCGUUGAAGAUACUUGUUCUUCAGUUUUUGUUCUGCGAUCCCACCGUAACCACUUCAAACGCCACGGUCGGGGUUCCGGAAUUACUCCGUAUAAUUUGCAACUUAAUUUGAUCCUUUACUCACUUUCCCUUCCUGUACACCGCACUCCGUUCAGAAUGAGGGAAGAUUUUACCGAACCUUCGGUGUUCGCGUGUGUGUCCUUGUGGGAAAGUUUUCUCCUAAUACUGUGCUUAAAGUUUCCCGACCUUCCGUACGUCCGUUUCGAAUGAAGUGGAACUUUAGCUUAAGAAGCUGCAACAUGCAUCCCUCUCUUUCUCUCUCUCUUCUUUUGGCUAUGUGUUAUCAUUUUUUAUUCCUUUCUUUUUAAACCUUAAUUCCAUCUUCGAGAGACUUCGCUUUCGGUUUGCGUAAUGUCGCAGCUUUUAGCGUACGUUUUGCUGUUCCCUCGCCGUAUCCUUAUAGGGACCUUAUCAUCCUGUAUCCAUCUGCGUUCUGUCGCCAAGGAUCACGUGGAAUUCGCUUCGGGAAUUUCACUUUAUUUCGUACUGUCAAUUUCACAUCCUUCUUGUGUGGGUAUGUGUGUGAAAAACCGAGAGAGAGAGAGAGAGAGAGAGAGAGAGAGAGAGAAAGGGAGUAUCAGCUUAAGAAGAAGAUGGGAAAUGUUCAAUACAUGCACCUUUUUUUUGUUUCUACAAGAAAAUCUUCCAACGUAAGUAGAAAAAAAACGCAGAAAGAAUAAGUGACACAUUCUACCCUCCGGGGCAUACGAUGCAGAAGACGUCCCGCUUGAAAGGAUCAGAAAUCGGAUGAAAUUACACCAUCCUCAGCUUGUGGCGCCCCUGCUUUUUGCUCACCAUUCACCAGUAGCAGUAGCUGUAAAAUCCCUGAAGAUUGCUAGCUAAAAGCGACGAUUUGUACUCACUGUGUAGCACCGUUGCGGAUUAGAAAAGCUUAAAAAAGAGCCUCCAAUAACAGUUACGACUGGUGUAUGCGUGCAUUUAGUAUCUAAUGUGUUAGUUCGUUGUUAGUUUUUUUGUUUUUUGUCGGUCAAAGUGCAACAGCAUUGUGGUCCAUUGGCUGGUGGAGUCCACGCCAUCUUCACGAUGGUUGACAAUGUGCAGUGAUUGUUGGUUUCGUCGUUCGAAAUGGUGAACGAUUGCAGUGUGGCAACUGCUGUAAAGUGAUCCCCUCUUUCGAAGAAGUGAGAUUGAUAACGGCAUCAUUCAUUCCGACGGUCCAGAUCCAGCCGUACGCCAACGGUACAACGGUGUCUUCUAAAAGAAGCUUUCCAGAGUGGGUGGGUAAAGCAAGACAUUGGAAGCAGCUGGGAUCGUGCCGUUCCGCUCCCCAGAAAGUAACAGACAGCGAGUGAAUCGGCCGAUAGUGACGGUGGGAACGAUCAGUCGGUGAGCGCAGUGUACGUGACGACCGUCGGUGCCACCGUCGGAUGCGUCCGGACGACGCCGGUGCCACGGUGCGACUAUGUACGGGCUGCUGCUGGAGAAUCUGUCCGAAUACGUGAAGGCUGUCUACGGAGAGGACAAGUGGGAUGACAUCCGCCGACAGACGGGCAUAUCGUCGCCCUCGUUCAGCGUCCACGAUGACUACGACGAGAAUCUGCUCAACGUUCUGGCGACGAAAGCGCAAGAAAUUCUUGGAAUUUCGGAGCGUGACUUUAUGGACCAGAUGGGUGUGUACUUCGUCAACUUCGUCAGCCAGUACGGGUACGAUCGGGUACUGUCCGUGUUGGGACGCCACAUGCGCGACUUUCUGAAUGGGUUGGAUAAUUUGCACGAAUAUCUCAAAUUCUCCUAUCCGCUGAUGCGUGCGCCAAGCUUCAUCUGUGAGAACGAAACACGCCACGGACUGACGCUACACUAUCGGACCAAGCGCAAGGGUUUCGUUUACUACACAAUGGGACAAAUUAGGGAGGUGGCACGUCAUUUCUACCAUAAAGAUAUGCAAAUCGAGCUGGUCAAAUCGGAUCUGCUGGGCGAAACAAAUCAUUACACGUUCCAGCUGACGUUCGACAACCGGGCCUUCUCUUUGGCCACCCUGGCAAUGACGCGGGAAGAGAAGCACCUCCCCAUUAGCGCCUCGGUACUGUUCGAGAUAUUCCCCUUCUGCAUCGUCUUUGGGUCGGAUAUGGUUGUCCGUAGUAUAGGCAAUUCGCUGAUGGUCAUUCUGCCCGAUUUACUGUCGAAAAAGAUUACGGAUUGGUUCGAGCUGAGACGUCCACUGAUAGCAUUUAAAUUCCAAACGAUACUCAACCGCACGAAUAACAUAUUCGAGCUUGUUACGGUGCAGUCGGUUAAAAAGCGUCCUGAAAACCAACGGAAAACAGAACUCGUGCUUUCGGAGGAUGAACAAGAGGAGGAGGUAGAAAAGCGCUUGCGACUUAAGGGUCAGAUGAUCUACAUGGAGAACUGGUACAUGAUCAUGUUUCUGGGGACACCAGUCAUGCCCAAACUGACAUCACUUAUCAGUACCGGCCUAUACAUCAACGAUCUAUCCAUGCACGACUUUAGCCGUGAUCUCAUGCUAGCCGGAACGCAGCAAUCAGUCGAACUAAAGUUGGCUCUCGAUCAGGAACAGCAAAAGUCGAAAAAGCUUGAAGAAUCGAUGCGUAAACUGGACGAAGAGAUGCGCCGGACGGAUGAGCUGCUGUAUCAGAUGAUCCCGAAACAGGUCGCCGAUCGGUUGCGGCGUGGUGAGAACCCGAUCGAUACCUGCGAGAUGUUUAACAGCGUGUCGAUACUGUUCUCGGACGUGGUCACAUUUACUGAGAUCUGUUCCCGCAUCACACCGAUGGAGGUCGUGUCCAUGCUGAACGCGAUGUAUUCCAUCUUCGAUACGCUUACCGAGCGGAACAGCGUGUACAAGGUCGAAACGAUCGGUGAUGCAUACAUGGUAGUUUCAGGCGCCCCCGCCAAGGAGCAAAACCAUGCUGAAAAAGUCUGUGAUAUGGCCUUGGAUAUGAUCGAGGCAAUAACGGAUUUGAAAGAUCCUUCCACAGGAUCUCAUCUUCGUAUAAGAGUGGGUGUUCACUCUGGUGCGGUGGUAGCGGGUAUUGUCGGUUUAAAGAUGCCAAGAUACUGCUUGUUCGGUGACUCAGUCAAUACCGCCUCCCGCAUGGAGUCAACAAGCCAGGCGAUGCGAAUACACAUAUCGGAGUCUACCAAGAAUCUGCUCUCGUCCAACUAUCGCGUUAGCGAGCGGGGAGAGAUCGACGUCAAGGGUAAAGGUACGAUGAAGACGUACUGGUUAGAUUAUCGUGAAAAUCGUCCCCCGCUUCAGCUGUUGGACGAGGACAUCAAGAGCCCAUCGAUCGAGUACAUCGAAACGAACAAGGACCGGCGUGUUAGCAUUCCAUCAUACAACAUCGUACAGCAACCACAUAAGCAAUCGCUCGGUGGUCUAAGUUCUGCUGGACUGGAAGAUCGGCGCGUAUACUCACCGGUAACGUUCGAAGAUGUUGCCCGGCGCAGUAUAGCUAACUCACCGGUAAAGUUGCACGCGUUCGGACCACGGGGUCGGGAAAAUCGCUCCAACUCAACGGGCCAUGCGUUCAUGCACAGUGUGUCCGAUGUGUUCGGUUCGCUCGUGACCGAUACGGAAGAGUUCCUGGAGGAUCUGCAGCAUCGGAAUUCGCUUAGCAACACACUUUACUCACCAUCUACAACAUCGCCCUGUCCUUUUAGUCCACCGGCUCCGUUUCGUACGAAAUCGAAAUCUUGCUACCAAGCGCAGUUUAUGGAUAAGGAUCACGAACUAUUAUCCGGAGCUAGUAACGCGUUACUGCAAGAAACAUCCAAGAAACCUAAAGGCAUCCUGGCGAAAGCCCAAACCGUCGAACAUGCGGCCGCUGCUUCGUACGAACAGAAGGCGAAAGUGCGCAAAGCUAAACUUGAUGCGGUGAAGCACCAGCAAACCAAGGCGCUGGAAAAGCUCGACCAGAUGGUGCAGGAAAUCUACGAUGCCGAUCUGCCCGGCAUGUGUUUCGUCAAUCCGCCCGGUUCACGGUCCGACGGCAACAUCUGUCAGUCGAACAAUUGCACCCUCGGUAGCAGUAGGUCCGUAGUGGACGAGCGCACUAGCGACACCGCUUCCUCAACCUGUCACGCACUCUAUACACUCAAUCUUUACUUUCCCGUUUCAUGUCCACCCGCGUGUUCGUGUGCACCCGACGGUAGCCGAUCGCAAGCGGUCCCAUCGCAUUCCGGUGCGGUACCGGGCCCGUCUAAUGGUCCGGUACCCGUCUGCGAACAGCACGCCCAUCUACCCCCGAGACACUGUCACGGGUGUGAACCGGUUGCCGGUCCCGGUCCCGGCCCGGGAAAGGUUCCACAGAGCAUGAGCUUUUCGCAUCCGAAAGAGCACAAGUGCUGUCCGGCGGCGUACGCUACCCAUCACCAGAACGGCCGACACAAAGUGCACUCGAACGCCUGUCACAUACUCUAGAGACUGUCCACGUGACGCCGAUCGUCCGCUCGGUAGAUUCCCUUAGUUGUUCCCGUGGUAGUAGUGCACGUGCACAUCCAUUGCAGCACAUCAUCUGUAUAUAUUGCGAUACGGUUUCUCGGCGAAAACUUGACAUCCUAGCCACUGGCACCGGCACUGAGUCAGUCGCUAGUCCAUUCGACGAAAGCUCUUCACGAUGAAAGUCAAUAGGUGUUUUGUAUGUAUCCGUAUGUCCGUUAUCGAUUUUACGUUUCUAAAUGGUGU